UUGCUAGGACGUUGUGAUAUGUCAACAGACACUGAGAGCUGGUUUUGGUGUCUGUUGGCUAACAAGUCCUCCUCCUCGGGUUCAUCUCUGUUAGCUCCACAGCACAACCGCCGUUUUGUCAGCCCCGUCAGUCGUCGGGCGGUUCACUCGCUGCCUCCUCCGUUACAGAAAAUACAUCACUACAGUGUUAAAAAUCAAGAGACAGAAACGCAUGUCCAUGUUUCGGAUGGGCAGGGUGAAAUUUCAGUUCGAGGAGUGAGAAAGGGGAGACAAUGGGAACCGGGAUGGACCAGCGGACCGAGAGAGAGAGAGAGAGAGAGCCGAGAGGAGCGUCUCAUCUGCCAUCUCUCUCUUCCCCAAAUGAGUAGUCAGACGAGUGGCCAGAAGGCAAUCCCUUCGGCACGGGCCAGUCGAAGAUUUUUGGAUGAUGUCAUUUUGACCUUCAGCUCACCAAUGGCCUGGCUGCUGGUUGUGGCUCUGAUCAUCACGUGGUCUGCUGUGUUCAUUGUUCUCUUUGAUCUGCUUGAUUAUAAGACUCUAACAGGUCUCCCUCCUCCUUCUGCCGGCCCAAAGAGAGGUUUGAAGACCAGAGGUGGUGUUCGUCCAAUAAAAUCAAGCCCUGCCGGAGUCCCUGGUGACAUCACUCACGAGAGCACUGAUUGGUUGGCGAUGAUUUGGAGUUAUGUUGUCAGUUUGGUAGCUCCUGAUGAGGAGGAGGAAGGUAUUCACCAGCUAACUGAAACCCUCACAUCAUUCCACUCUGAGGACCUCUGAAAGAGAGGAGUGUGAGGAGAGGAAAUGAAUGGACGAAGUACCAAAAGCUGAAGAGAGGACGAGAACGGAUAAAGAGAAGGGCGUCAGACUAAAGUGGAAAGAAAUACAAAGAGAUGGAAAGA